AUGAACCCCAAGCUUCCCUAUGCUCUCCUGGCUGGGGCGGCGGUGACGAUCUUCAUUCUCUCCUGCUUUUUGCUGAGCAGGGGCAGGCGGUCACCCAGCUGCGACUCACAGCCCCGCAUCAUGAAGAAGUCGGGGUCCAGGAGCCAGAGCCUGGUGUUUGCUGAUCUGACGCCCGAAGAGAUGGCGGAGGUGGUGCGGUACCUGCAGGGACACCUCGGGGUGCCGCUGGUGGACGCCUCGCAAGCAAACCCCUCUGACAACUGCAUCGCCUUCGUCGACGUGCAGGUCCCUGCCAAGGCAGAGGUGCUGCGGUUCCUGGACGAGGGGGGUCCUCGCCCGCCCCGGGAGGCUCUGGCUGUGCUGUACUUUGGAACCGUCACCGAGUUGGUGGUGGGGCCGCUGCCGACGCCGACGUAUCACCGGGACGUGACGGUGCAGAAGUACGGGGGGAAGGUGCCGUACCACCGCAGACCAAUGCUGGGCAGCGAGUACGAGCAGCUGGAAGCAUUCUUGGAGACAACGGCAUUUGCUGCAGCCCCGACAUUCCUGAAAGAGGUCUUUGAGUUCGACGGCUCCAACCUGGCAUUUCAGACCAGAGCCCCUCACGGCUUCAAGUCCGGAGACCGCAAGUCCGGGUUUGCUGUGUUCCAAAAUGUGAGCGGGUUC